GCUUGCACAGACUGUUGGCCCGCCUUUUUAAAAUGAACAGUACAGUGCACAUGCUGGUAGCUGUAUCCUCUACAGUCUAUAAUUCUCUUUUAAGAAGCAAUGAAGGAAAUACUUGUACUACUGGUUCUGUUGAGUGCCGAAACUGCCAAGGUGUGCUCUCAGCCCUAUACGGUGGACUCAAAUGGAAACUGUCGCAACUCAACAAGAGAAUACAUGCCUGAUGAAUCUAACCUGUGUUGCAAGAAAUGCCGCCCUGGUGAGCGACUGAUAGAGGACUGCACUGAAACUACUGAGAGUGUGUGUGCAAAGUGUGAACCAGGCCAGUACAUGGAGAGCUGGAACUUUGCCCAAAACUGCUUCUCCUGUGAAAAAUGCAAAACAAGAAAUGGUGUAGAGUACGCCCAGAACUGCUCCUCUACCACAAGGGCCAGGUGUAAGUGCAUGCCUGGGAUGUAUUGUGUGAUAGGAUUUAACAGCCCAUACUGCAAAGAAUGUGCGAGGUACAUCCCAUGCAAAGUUGGUCAUGGAGUGUCUCUGCCAGGGACGGCAAACUCAAAUGUGAGGUGUGAACAGUGCCCAGUCGGGACGUUCUCUGACACAAUCUCCCUCACGGACCGCUGUCGGCCUCAUACAAACUGUCAUGGGAAUGCUGUUGUCAGAAAAGGCAACACUACCUCGGACACCUUGUGUGAACAUCAGGGUGUUACAACUGCACAGAUUCCAAAAACAUUAAAAGCGGAUGACACUGGCUUUGUAGUCAUGACUGCAAGUACAAUGAGGAGCACAGUCUUAGAAGUCUCCGACUCCAUGCUGCCUGUCUCAAAGGAAGUAUUCAACCGUUCAACAAAAAGCCCACCGCCACUCACAGCACCUGACAUUACUCUGGUUGCUGUCAGUGCUGGAAUCAUUGGAUCCGUUUUGCUUUUCAUCAUUAUCAUUUUGGUGUGUUUUUACAAACAUUUCUGGAAGAAAGACACUGCAGAAUUUCCUCUUAAAGUGGAUGCAAAUGGAAACUGUGAAAGUAGUGAUAAAAUCAUUCCGGGUUAUUUGGGGGAAACUCAACUGAUUUCAUUGACUCACUCACCAGAACAACAGGGUCUUCUGGGAAAAGGGGAAGCUUGCAGUGACCACAGCCAGUGCAAUAACUAUACUGAAGCUUUAACCCGAACAGACGGCUGCAGCAGCCAUGACUCCAUCGGCCCUUUACAAUCAACUGUCGCCCUUGACGAUUCAUGCUCUGCUCUGUCAGAGCCAAUGACUUUAAUUUCCAACACAGAACCUGUCACACCUCAGCCCAGUGUCCCUGCACAGCACUCCUCUCAGCCUACCAGCCCGCAGAUCAUCAGCCCUGUGACCACCAGUCCUCAUGUCAAUGUCAAUAUCACUUUCCACAUAGGAAACGGGUCUGGCGGGACGCCAUCUGUUAUUCCCACAAACUUGAAGGAAGCAGACUGUCAACUCCCCUUUGGAGAGGAGGAGAAAUCCUAUAGCAUCCCACAGCAAGAAGAUGGCAAACAUUCGCAAAUGUCAGUACAGGACAGUGGAAGUUACAGUGUAUGAAGAGUCACCUGCAGGAAAACUGAUAAAUCGAUUAGUUUUUUCUUUCUCUCAUGAUGCAACGUUGACAGCAAUUUGAUUGUUUUUAUGAGGACAUGACAAGCUUAAACUUUCCCAUAUCAAAAUCAUAUUGUCACUAUAUAUAUGUAUAUACAGAACAUUGUAAAUAAAGAUGCUAAUAUUGUCUCUCA